AUGGAUUAAGGCGUUAGUCAAGGUUUCUCUUUAAGAAAGAUAUGUAAACAACGACUCAAGGGAUUGUUUGUUUCACUGAUAUAAACGAAUCCAAAUGUUUAGAAUUACUUUUUGAUUGUGGAUCAGAAAACAGUGAAAGUUGUAUCUGCUUACAUGAAAAUGGCUGAGUACUUUAUCUUUUUAGAUCUUUAGAUUGAUGGAAUUGGGAGUGAGUGCUGUGGAGAAACUCGAAUUAGGUAGAAAGCCUUUUCCAAAAUUACAUGCUAUUUAUUUUAUAUCGCCAACUUAGGAUUCAAUUCAAAGAGUUUUGGAUGAUUUUAAAGAUAAAAAAAAUCCACAAUAUGGGGUUGUUCAUUUAUUCUUAUCAAAUGAAAUCGAUUAAGGAUUAAUGCAAAAAAUUGCUUAAUGUAUGGAAUGCAUAUUUAAAUUAUAGGUAAUUCAUUGAUAACCAAAAUUGCCUCUUUCAAAAUUGUGAAUUUAGAUUUCGCUUGCACAUCUGAUUAAGUGUUCACUAUUGAAACACCAGAAAUGUUGACUAAGGCCUAUACCACUUAAAGUAAAUAAAUUGCUGAUAUAUUUUAGAUGUGUAAUAAUUAUUAAAAGAAGCAUCAUAUAAAUUGGCUACUCUACUCAUAUCCUUUAACAAAUUUUAUUCUUUUGAAUUUCUAUAUAACUAAGCGGAAAAUAAAUUGUCAGAAUAAAUCGCUAAAUUGACAGCUGCAAGAUUACAAGAAUUGCUAGCUUCUUUUGUUAAACAAAAAAAUGAAUAGUAUGAUAAUAUUGAAAAAGAAGCUGGGAAAAUUACUGUGAUGAUAAUAGAUAGAUCAUAUGAUGUGGCCACUCCAUUGUUACAUGAUUUUUAUUAUCAAUCUAUGAUCUAUGAUCUAUUAGAUAUAACAAAUGACAUAUAUGAAACUGAAGUUGAAGUUGGUGGAAAAUAAAUCAAAUAGAAAGUGAUAUUCAACGAAAAUGAUGAUUUAUUCAAUAGAUAUAAGUACCUCAAUCUUCAUUUAUUCAAGAUAUCGACACAUUAUAUAAGUGCUGGAAGGAAUACCUGUUGAAUUUAGAGAAUUCAUCAAUAACAAUACGACUGCCAAGGUUCAUCAAGGAUAAAUGAAUAAUUUGGACCUCAAUUAGAUGUCAGAAAUUGUUAAGACAUUGCCUUAAUAUAACGAAUUGUUGGGAAAAUAUACCUUACACAUGGUAUGAUAUUUAAAAUUGAAUUAAGAAACUAAUAGAGAAAAGUUGGUCUAUCUUUGAAAAUAAGGGUCUUAAGGAGAUAGGAGAAAUCGAGUAAGGCUUAAUCACUGGAAUUGAUGGAACUGGCAAAAGUAUUUCAACUACCAAAAUUUAAAGUGCUGUUGCCACUAAAUUGAUGAGUGAAACUCUGGAUGAGUAUGAUAAAUUGAGAUUAAUCUUAUUAAGUAAAUCAUAAAUAAAGUUGUAGCCUCUAUAGGUUUGGAAAUGUCAGAAAAAGACAGAAAGGUAUUAACUGAUAAAAUUAAAGUUGAACAUCAAUAAGCAAUCUUAAAUUUAAUUUAUUUAGGUGUCAAUCCUUAAAAGGGGGGUCAAAAAAAGGUAGAAUUCAUAUGAUUAAUCCUUAGUCUAAAUCUUCCAAUAGAAUAAAUGAUGAUUUAAAGAAAUAAGCUAAGCACAAAUUGGCAAGUGCUUGUACAGAAUUAUCAAGAAAUACACCAUUAAUUGAAACCUUAGUGGAAAGCUUUGUUGAAUCUAAUUACAAAAAACCUUAGAAAUUUGAUUCUAUAAUAAUUAAUGAAGACGGUGCAGGAAGUAAAGGUAGUGGAAAAUCAAUUAGAAAAGGAGGAUAAUUGGCUAGGAUGAUGCAAAAUGAAGACAGUGAUGACACCAUUAAUUACACUCCUAAAUUAGUAUACUUGUUUGUUUAUCAAUAGAUUAUUUUUGUGGUUGGAGGCAUUAGUUACUCAGAAAUAAGAAGCAUCUUAAGUAAUCAGAAAAUUGCUAGUUCCUAAAUUACUGUAAGAUAAUUCAUAAUUAUGUAAGUUGGUUGGUUCAACUAACAUAGUGAAACCAAAGGAUUUUUGUUAAGGACUGUUAAGCAUGAAGACUAUUUGA